UAUCUCUGGUCAAGGCGUAGAAUUUUCAAUAUCAAUUAUGAUGAUAUUAUUGUGCCACUCCUUAUUGUUGCGCAGUUAGUCUCAUGCAUUCUAUGUCUUCUCUUUAACGUCGCAUCUCAUCUUUAACUCCUCACCCUCCAACACGUACUCAUCCGUUGAAAGCUGCAGCGGGACAUGAAUUCAAUGGCGUCUGCACCAGAUCUGAACCGCGUAGACGCUCCGUCGUUGUCAUCACCUGCAGCGCCGCCUUUAAGCCGGUACGAGUCGCAGAAGCGGCGAGACUGGAACACUUUCUUACAGUACCUGCGGAGGAACCACAAACCGCCGCUAACCCUACCCCGGUGCGGCGGAGAUCACGUGCUUGAGUUCCUCAAGUACCUAGACCAGUUUGGAAAGACGAAGGUGCACGGGAAUGGUUGCCCUUAUUUGGGGCACCCCAACCCUCCGGCUGUGUGUAGGUGCCCUUUAAAGCAAGCUUGGGGCAGCUUGGACGCCCUCAUCGGACGGCUCAGAGCGGCGUACGAAGAGCACGGUGGGCCACCGGAGUCCAACCCGUUUGCCGCGAAAGCCGUGACAGUAUAUCUUAGGGAGGUAAGACAAACCCAAGCCAAGGCUAGAGGAAUAACUUACGAUAAAAAGAAGCGGAAAUUAAACUAGCUAGGUAACUGUUGUUAGGUUACAUUGUUUGUUCUCCUUUUGAAUGGUUAGUGUUGUUUAGUCUAAAUGUUGGUAUGUAGUUAAUAUAUAAAUAAAAAUAGUCAUGUCUUGCUUGAAUAUAUAUAUAUCUCUCAAUCUCACCUGUUUUUUAGAGUUAAAUUGACAGAAAUUUUGUUUUAAUUUAGUAAUUGAAUAUUUGAAUUCAUGUUGUCUUUGUAAUUCACUACUUGAUGAUGAUAUUUGUAUUUCCGAAAUUCAAAGAAAAUGUAUUUAAUUUGUCAA